AUGGAUCCCCCACGCACAUCCACUUCUGCGAGCAUCAAGUCAGCUGCAGCCAGAAGCGAAGGGGCAGCCAAUGCUGGGGGCCCUUCUGGCCCUCCGGGCCCACCCGAGGGUCAAUCGAGACUUAGGGUUGUCUGUCUGAUUGUCUCGGCCUUUGUCGCCAUGUUUCUGGUCGCACUGGACAGAACGAUUAUCUCGACUGCCAUCCCCAAAAUCACCGAUGAGUUCAACUCCUUCGACGACGUCGGCUGGUACGGCAGCGCCUACUUGUUGACAUGCUGCGCAUUUCAACUCUUGUUUGGCAAGUUGUACAAGCUCUUCUCUGUCAGAACAGUCUUCCUCGCCAGCAUUCUACUGUUCGAGGUUGCUUCUGCCAUCUGCGGUGCUGCCCCCAACUCCGUGGCCUUCAUCGUUGGAAGAGCUAUCUGUGGCGUUGGUGCUGCUGGCAUUCUCGCUGGAACUAUCAUGUGCAUCAUCCAUUCGGUACCUCUGCAGAAGCGUCCCCAAAUCCAGGGGCUGUUCGGUGCCCUGUUCGGCAUCGCCUCAAUCGUCGGACCCUUGAUCGGCGGCGCCUUUACAUCGAAUGUGACAUGGCGAUGGUGCUUCUAUGUCAACCUGCCAAUCGGUGGCGCCGCUAUGGUCUUCAUCGCCUUUUGCCUCAAGGUUCCCAAGCAAGAUACUACCAGAGUCUCGUGGACUGAGAAGCUGAUACAGCUGGACUUCCUCGGCACUACACUCCUGGUCUCUGGUGUAGUCUGCCUCAUUCUGGCACUCCAGUGGGGUGGCCAGACGUAUUCCUGGAGCAACGGCCGCGUCGUGGCUUGCCUGGUCCUCGCAGGCGUCCUGCUCCUUUCGUUCAUCGCCGCGCAGAUCUUCCUUCCCAAGACCGCGACGCUCCCCGUGCGAAUCUUCUCGCAGCGCAGCAUCAUCUCCGGCUUCUGGCAGACCCUCUGUGUGGGCUCCGGAAAUUACAUUUUCGUAUACUUCCUCCCCAUCUGGUUCCAAUCGAUCAAAGGCAACUCCGCCGUGGAGUCUGGCAUCCGCCUUCUACCCAUGAUGCUGGCGAUGGUCGUCGGCUCGAUCGGCGGGGGCAUCACCAACUCCAAAGUCGGAUACUACACCCCCCUAGCCAUCAUCGGAUCCUGCAUCAUGGCCGUCGGCGCGGGUCUCCUCACCACCUUCCAGGUGGACACCGGCGCGGGCAAGUGGAUCGGCUACCAGAUCAUCUACGGAUUGGGUCUGGGGCUGUGCUUUCAGGUUCCCAACCUCGCGGCGCAGACCGUCCUGCCGAAGCCCGACGUGCCGUCUGGGCUGGCGCUGAUGCUGUUCGGCCAGCUCAUUGGGGCGGCGGUGUUCGUGUCGGUCGGCGAGAAUAUCCUGGCUAAUCAGCUGGUGGAGAGGCUGGCCGGGCUGCCGGGGUUUGAUCGCGGGCUGGUCACCUCCGGGGGCGUGACGGAGCUGUUGGAUGCGAUGCCGGCGGAUCUGCGUGGUACGGUGCUACAUUCGUAUAAUGAGGCGCUCAGGAGGGUGUUCUGGGCUGGGUUGAUCAUAUCGUGCUUGACGCUGCUGGGCGCCGCGACGCUGGAGUGGAGGAGUAUCAAGCAGGGGCAGCCUCAGCCUGAUGCGGAGAAGAAGGGGGAGAGUGCAGAGAAGAAAGCGGAUGCUGCGGGGGGUCAAUAG